AUGGGGAACCUGGAUAUGGCGGUGGGAAGCAUCCUUCUUGCUCUGAUCUCCGCCGGUAUCUACAUCUUCUUGAUAUCGCCCGCCGCCAAGCGCCGCCAGCUGGAGGUCAGCGGACUGAGAGGUCCCGUCCCAGAAUUCCCUCUAGGGAACAUCUCCGAGAUGAGGAAGGAGAGCCGAGCUCCUGCUCCUCCUACGGGGCAGUCGAUGAUCACCCACGACAUCCACUCCGCCGUCUUCCCUUUCUUCUCUCGGUGGCGGGAGUCCUACGGUACGCCGAAUACGAGGACCUCUCAUCUUCCCCAACCCAUGGCGAGUGCUUGCAGUAAACAUAGAAAUACCUCGCUAAUGAUACCACAUCUGCAUACUCAGGGAAGGUCUUCGUCUACUGGAUGGGCACGGAGUCCUUCCUCUACGUUGCAGACCCGGACUUCCUGAGCAAGAUGACGGCGGCCACGACGGAAAACAGCUGGGGGAAGCCCAACAUGUUCAGGCAAGACAGGAGACCCCUGUUUGGAGAGGGAAUGGUGAUGAUUGAAGGCGAGAGUUGGGCCCAUCGCAGGCACAUAAUCACCCCAGCCUUCUCCACGAGUAACCUCAAGGUGAGUGAUCUCCUAAGAUUGAUUUCAAGCAUUGUUAACCCCGUUGUUGUUCUCUCUUCGUCGGAUGAACAGAUUUUGAUAUUUCUUUCUUUUUCGUUCUGGAGUAGUAUAUGCUGGACAUGGUUGCGGAAUCCGCCUCCACCAUGAUAGACGAGUGGAGCAGCUUGCUGGCCUCUGGACGCCGGGAGAUAGAUAUGUACGACCAUCUAACCAGAAAGACGGGGGAGAUCAUAGUUAAUAUCGUCUUUGGGAGGAACGACGGCAACGGGAAGGAGGUACUCCGGAGGCAAAUUGACCUGAAGUACCAGUUAUUCAGAAGCAAAAGGCUCCUGGGGGUGCCUUUCAGCAGACUGUUCCAUCUCAAGCAGACGCUGGCCUCAGAGGCGCAGGGGAGGGAGAUGGACAGGCUCCUAUUGUCCUCGAUAGAGUCCCGGAAGGCCGCAAUGGAUUCCGAGGAAGCAGGGGCUUUUGUCCCGCGUGGAGACCUGCUGGGGCUGCUUCUGACGUGGAACCAGAUGUGUGCUGAUCACGACUCGAAGAAGCUCACUCCGAUAGAGAUCGUCGGAGAGUGCAAGACCUUCCUCUUCGGCGGCCACGAAACCACGUCUGUAGCUCUCUCCUGGACGUCACUUCUCUUGGCACAGCAUCCCGAGUGGCAGACUAUUCUGCGUAAGGAGGCCGAAGAGGUCCUCGCUGAUGCACCUCCUGACUCUUCCGCGCUCGCUAAAUUGAUCAAGGUUUUCCAUCUUCUCUUUCUCCUCAUAUUCUCCUCUCCCCCCCCCCCCUCCCCCCAUCCUACUCUCUCUCUCUGACCCUAAGUUCUUUCUUCUUCACGAUUUAGAUGAGAUGGGUUAUGAACGAGGCGAUGAGGCUCUACCCGUCGGCCAUCGCGCAGCGGCAAGCGAGGCAGGACGUCCGUGUUGGGGAGGUGGUCAUCCCCAAGGGGACCAACAUCUGGGUCGACAUCCUCGGGAUGCACCAUGACCCCGCACUCUGGGGCUCCGACGCCAACGAAUUCAGGCCGGAGAGAUUCAGCGAUAGCCUCCACGGAGGCUGCAAGCACCGGAUGGGCUUCCUCCCCUUCGGCUUCGGCGGCCGGCUCUGCAUUGGCCGGAAUCUCGCCAUUUUCGAGUACAAGAUCCUCCUGAGUUCCAUCCUCAGAAGAUUUUCCUUGGCCCUCUCCCCUUCCUACGUUCACUCUCCCUCCAUGAUGCUCUCCCUCAGGCCCUCCCAUGGCGUCCCCCUCAUUCUCACCCCCCUCCCUGUAAACUAA